CCAUGUACUCCGAAAUCCAAUCCCAUCCGGCAGCUUAUCUUUCUCUUCCAAAUCCCACAUUUUAUCUCUGUUAUUCUAUCUGGUUCGUGACUCAGGGAAAGACAUAGCCACCAAGACCACUGUUUAUGGCUUCAAGGACUUUCCUUUGCUUCAAUCAUGGAAAAUUCUUCAUACCCUUUGCUGCAACCAAGGUUAUCCCAUUUUCUAAAAGACCCAUUAAAAAUUUCAAUUUUUCUUCCGUAAGCUGCAGCCUUAACACUCCUCAGCCAACUGUUGAACCGAAAUCUCAAACGGAUAGCACCCCGAAUGUUGUUAAAAUACUUAAAGAAAGAGGAUUGCUUGAAUCCAUAACCAAUGAAAAUCUGAGGUUGGUUUGUUCAGACCAAACUGCUGGUCCUCUCAAAGUUUACUGUGGUUUUGACCCAACUGCUGAGAGCUUGCAUUUGGGAAAUCUUUUGGGUCUCAUUGUACUUUCUUGGUUCCAAAGAUGUGGUCACAAAGCUGUUGCCUUGAUUGGUGGAGCUACUGGUAGAAUUGGUGACCCUUCUGGUAAAAGCCAAGAAAGACCUGAACUUGAUUUGAAUGCACUGGAAAAAAACAUUGUUGGGAUCAUGGAGAUUAUAAAUAAGAUUCUUAGUAAAAAUGCAGAUUUGGGUUCUGAAAAAAACUCAAACUUUGUUAUUUUAAACAAUUAUGAUUGGUGGAAAGAGGUUAGGCUGCUCGAUUUCCUUAAACAAGUUGGUCGAUAUGCUAGGGUGGGGAGUAUGAUGAGUAAGGAGAGUGUUAAGAAGAGGUUGGAAUCCGAACAAGGGAUGAGCUAUACCGAGUUUACUUAUCAGUUGUUGCAAGGUUAUGAUUUUCUAUACCUUUUUAAGAAUGAAGGUGUGAAUGUACAGAUUGGUGGGAGUGAUCAGUGGGGUAAUAUUACUGCUGGGACUGAGUUGAUAAGGAAGAUUUUACAAGCUGAAGGAGCUUAUGGCUUGACAUUUCCUCUUUUAUUGAAGAGUGAUGGUACCAAGUUUGGAAAAUCAGAAGAUGGUGCGAUUUGGCUUUCGCCUUCUAUGUUGUCUCCAUAUAAGUUUUACCAGUAUUUCUUCUCUGUUCCGGAUGCAGAUGUGGUGAGGUUUCUCAGAAUUCUUACAUUCUUGGCUAUGGAAGAGAUAAAUGAGCUGGAAAGUGCAAUGACAAAACCUGGUUAUGUUCCCAAUACCGCCCAGCAGAGGCUUGCUGAAGAAAUCACUCGUUUUGUUCAUGGUGAAGAUGGUUUAAGUGAGGCUCUUAAGGCAACUGAAGCAUUGAGACCCGGAUCAGAGACAAAAUUGGAUUGGAAAACCAUUGAAGGGAUUGCUGAGGAUGUUCCAUCUUGCUCCUUACCUUACUCCAAAGUGUUGAAUCUUCCAAUCGUUGAUCUUUCUGUUUCGUCUGGUUUAUUUGAGAGCAAAUCAGCUGCUCGUCGUCUAUUGAAGCAAGGUGGUGUCUACUUGAACAACAAAAGAGUGGGUAAUGAAAGUAAAAGAAUAGAGGCCGAAGACAUUGUAGGUGGCAAAGUGCUUCUUCUAUCUGCUGGCAAGAAGAACAAGGUGGUUGUUAGAAUCUCUUGAUUGCUUGUAGGAGUGCCUGCUUAUUUAUUAGAAACUGUUUCGGAUUUAAUGGUAUAUGAGCAAAAGAAAGUAAUGUUUUCUUGUUAAUUGUCAUAGUUGCAAAAGUUCCUACUGUUAUUAUUAUUAGUUGUUUAUAUUGUUUCUCUUC